GUUGUGGUGGCUCGACCGUGGGCGAUGCCAGCCGGGAAUCGGGAUGAUGAACAGGAGCUGCCCGGACGAAUGUUCGCCGAUGGGGACAGGUAUCUGGCGGGCGGCGAUGCCUCCACGGCCGUCGCCUGUUACACGGCAGUUUUCGGGCGGGCCGCCGAGGCGACUGUCCAUCACCUGCGGCGCCUGGGGGAUGCCGGCCUUGGCAGCAUCAUAGCCGUGCUGGAGAGCUGGUGCGCUGGACACACUUGGGUCCCGCCCCGGGCCGGGUGCACAGCGGACAGUGAGGUUCCCGUCAGCGCCGGGGUGGCCGCCGGCUUCCUCCUGCAGUUGGAACCCGGCAACCUGGUGGCGUCGGUGCUGAGAGUGGAGGCGCUACUGCGGAGCGGGCAGCACGACGAGGCGGUGAGCCGCUGCAACGCCCUGCUCAACGCGCACCCGCGCCAUUCGCUGGGCCUGCUGCUGACCAGGGCGCUGGCCUGGAUCUUGUCCGACGGCCAUUCGGGCAACGGCGUCGUCGACUACAUGCAGGCCUUCGCCAAGCGCCAGGAAGAGACGGUGGCGUUCGUGAAGAGCCGGCAGAAGCACGAGGUGCCGCGCAUCGUCGGCGCCUUCAACCGCUACCUGUCGCUGCGGGAUCGGGACCAGGAGCGGGAGCGCGCUCACGGCCCGUUGCUGGGCGACUGCCGCCGCUUCCUCGCGGCCAUAACGGCCUCUGCAGGCGCGAGGGGCGAGGACAGCGCGUGCGCAGCGCGGCCUCGCGACAGUCAUGUGGACAGCGCGUGCGCAGCGCGACAGAUGGCGGAGCUGCCGGUGGUGGAGAGCGCGGGAAGUGAGGGGCCGCCGCCCGGCCUCGCCGACUCCAGCCCUCGGUACCGCACCUCCGGCCUGGUCAGCCGGGCCGCCGCCCAGUUCGCCAUGGGCAGUCGCCAGGGGCAGGUCAUUGGUAACCUGGCCUCGGCCUUCGAGAAGGACCCGGUGCUCGCCAGGAAACACCUGGAGCGGCUCUUCUCCCCGCCAGCCGCCGCCGCCCUCCUCCAGCAGGUCAAGCGCUUCAUCGAAGCCCAACUGGCCGAGUACCGGGAGACGGUGCGCCGCAGGCCGGACCUCCGGUCGGACACCGGCUCCGACCUCUUGCUACCCGUCCUCGACGCCCUGCAGCUGCAGAUGCAGCUGGACACCCAGGCCGGCCGGGACACGCGGAUCCGCCUGGCCGACUGCCGGCUGCUGACUGGCGAUGUCCGCGGCUCGCUGGCACUCUGCCAGAGCCUGGCCACUGCCGAGCGGGGCUCCUCCUAUCCCCUCACCGUGCUGGCACUCCGCGCCAUCUGCCACCUACACGCCGGCGAGCGGGCUCUGGCUCUCGCCGACUGCCAGGCCAUCGUGGAGCACGAGUUGCCGCAUCCCGACACUUGCGUCCGGGCCAUGUGCGGCCGCGGCCUGUUGAGGCUAAUGGACGGCAAGCCCUACCUCGCGGCGUUAGACUACAUCACUGCGAGCCGGUUGCGGCUGAACGAGACCGCGUUCUUCGUCAAGGCCUACGUGCCGUGGAACCAACGAGGUCUCUUGUACAAGGUGCUUCAGGAGGAGGGAGAGAAGAUGGUGCGGAAGAAGCUGUGCAAUCCAGCCUCCGGCACCAGACUCCGCAGGAAGGCGGUAGAGACGACAGCCCACGCUUGUUCCAACAAAGAAAGAGAUGCACUGGGUGUCCAUUAUUUGGCUUUGCUGCUGUUAGAGCUGGACCCAACAGACCAGGUUUCCCGAAUUUUAUAUGCAGAUGCUCUCUACCAACUAGGCCGAAUAGAAGAGGCUCAUAAAACAUUGCUGGUAUCACUUGGGAUGAACCCUUGGUGUUCCCCGGUCUUGGCUCGGCUCGCCCUACUUCAGUUGAAGAAAAGCUGUACAUGUGAAUCCAAUCAGUUAAUAAAGAAAAUUCUUAAGAUUGGGGAUACCUCCUGUCUUCUGCCUAUAAUGGACAUCUUUAAAGAAGAAGAUCGAGACCUACUACAGCAACAUUGUCAUUCCAGUGCCAUGUCAAUCCUACAAAAUAAGGAAGGUGACACCUAUGUAAAAGAAGCAGUGGCAUAUCUUUCUUUAGCUAUCAUAACAUCAGGGGGCAUUGAUGAAGCUUCAUUACUCACCAGAGCUCGAUGCUAUGCAUAUCUUAAUCAGAAAAAAACAGCAAUCUUUGACUUUGGCACCAUCUUAAAGGCAAACCCAGCCCAUGUGCAUGCACGAUGUGGACGUGCCUUCAUGUAUGUAGUCCUAAAUAAGCAAAAGGAAGCAAUUCAAGACAUUGCAGAAGCCUUGCAAAGAGAUCAGAAGUUGGCCAUACAAGAAAUCUCAUCUCUGAAGCUGGAAGCGCAAAGUCUGAUUUGCUGUUGGCUGCAUGAAUAUUGCGUUAAUGCCCUGACUGGAAUGGUGGAUGUCAAGGAAAAGAUCUUCGGUGAAGAUGAUGUUAAUCUACCUGCAAUUGGCCAAUCUCUACUCUUGAUCAAUGGCAAAAAUUCAACCUGGCACAUCCUGUACAUUGAUAUAUUGAUUGCAAAAGAAAUGUAUGAUGAUGCCUUGAAACAUCUGCAGGAUAAUUUUGGGCAACCUCCUAAUGAUGAUGCUGCCAUGUCCAGGCAUGGGCUCAUUCAGAUGAAGAUGAAGAAUGCACAGCUUGCCGUUCCGAAUCUGAGCAUUCUUGCGGAAAAGGAUAACAAAGCUUUGGAAUUUCUGUUAAAAUACCUGGAUAACAAACAACUUCAUACUGUAGUUCAGAUCGCAUCACAGGAAGCCAUUGCAUUGGCCAAAGGGAAUCAACAGGAGAAAGCACUGAAACACUAUACACUAGCUGUCCUUGCAAGUAAAAAUAAAGCCAAAUAUGUUCGUCUGCGUGCAGCAUGUCUGACCAGACUGAAGCAAUAUGAAAGGGCCCUAAAGGACCUGCAUGAGGUCGUCAUAAGAAGCACCAACAGAAACUCCUCAGACUUGGUAGAAGAUUAUUGUUCCAUAGGACAUAUUCAACUCCUUACCCUGAGGGAUGAAGAAGCUUGUGCGAACUAUAUAAAAGCCUUGCAGUUAGACCAGUCUUUAGCAUUAACCAACAUCUCCAGUAGGCCAGGGCAGUUCAGCUUGUCUCAACACUUCCAGCGAAAUGCUCUCCGAAACUUUGAACAGCAGCGUUAUGAAGAAGCUUGGAAUGCAGCAGAAUAUGGACUGAUGAUUGAUGAAAAUAACAGCGAAUUGAAGAAACUGAAAACUAGGAUUAAGCGAGAGGCAUCAGGAUGUAUUGUUCAUUAGUAUUGUACAUCAUUCAAUAAUUAACAAAAUAUUUAGACAAUGUGCCUUUAUGGUGGCAUGCUGAGGUCAAAAUCGGAAUUCUAGUAAUUACAAAUUUUGGGCAUAGAUUGCAGAUUGAGCUGGAACUGACAGUAUUAAGAAUCAUUGUGAGCAUGAUAUGAGGAAACAGAAACAUUUAAAAGACAGUGCCUUUAUGUAAAUUGCCAGAUCAGAAUUUUCUUUCAACAAACUUGAAUUCAAUUUUCCUUUGAACUGGUUUGGACGAUAUGUCAGAAUAUUGUUUGAUGCUGCACUUCCGGUGAAAUUAUGAGAAUGCAAUGCCAAGGAAAUCUUCUAUGUUUCAUUGCAAUUCAAUUUUAAGAUGUUUUAAUCCACAUUUAAACAGGAUAUAGGGCCUGGUUUCAAGUUAACACAAGGCUAAAGAAAGCCUUUCAACAGGCUAUCUGCUUUACAUUCAUAUGGGCAGUCAUUUGUGGUCUAUUCACUUGUUAGAAAUUUGGUACUGAUCUUUAUAUAAUAUUACUUUUUAAAUAUGGUAAUUUUAAUUUCCUCUUGCCAUUAAAAUGCCUGACAUUCACUUUUAAAGGGCUGUGUUGGUAUAACUGAAGGAAAGGUUGAAUGACACUGAAGUCUGAAAGAGUAUGCAUAGGAGGAUAAACUGGUGAGUACCAUUGGAGUCUAAAGUUGGCCCCUUCAAUAAAAUUGUUUCCUUCUUGUACAUUUUACUAGAAUGUUGCCUGGGUUUCAGCAACUAAGUU